AUAUUAAAUUGCUGCUUAAAGAUCCGUAAUUUGACAUAGUUAAUUAGUAAGAACCAGCAGGAUGGGUACACCUCGCAGGGGAUUCAACAAUUUACCGCCAUACUCCCAGGGAAUGAGACAAUAUCCGUCCCAGGGCUCGGAGUAUAUGUCGCAGCAUGCUGGCGGACUGCAAGCACCACAACAACCCAAUUUUGGCUUCUACGAGGACAAACAGAGUUUCGCUCAGCCAAAGCCAAACACUCCACAUUUCUAUCAAAACACGGCGCCCCAGGAGCAAAUGCACCGACCCCGGCAGCAGCAACAAAUGCCGUUUGGACAGGGCCGUGGUAGGAACUUUGGUCGAGGUGGAGGGGGCUUCAAUCGCAGGCCCCACCACCACUUCAAAGAUCACGGCUCCCAAUACUUCCAUCCCUCCAUGCUGGAGGAUCCUUGGCGCGACUUAAUGGCCCGUCACAAUGCCAUCCACGGGCCCAGCGUUGAUGAGGAACAAGUCGGGGUAUAAUGUAGCUAGUUUGUAACAUUUUAUAUAUUAGGCAACAGUUUCCAAUAAAAAGAAACUCGUUUUUA